GUCUCACAAAUCAAUCACCAAACCUUUUAACGGUCUCCAACACUUACUUGUCCCUUCCUUCCCUCCAAUCCCAAUAGUAAUAGAAGAUACCUCGGAAUCUUCUUUUUCUCUUCUUCUUCUUCUUCUUUCUUCUUUAACUCAUCAACACACAUCUCAAACCAAAGAACACAGAAAAAAAAACUAACAUAACAGAAUGAGAGCACUGAAUUCGCAUUAUGUGGUGAUCGAUCUUCACUGCUCAUGGCACUCCACAAGUCACCACCUUCCAACCUCAGCACUUGCCUACCUCAACAUCAGCUCAAACCUCAUCUCCACCGUCUCUUCGUCAUUUCGUCGAACACGUCGUUCGGGUUCCGCGAUUCGCUCCGCCAGGUCCUCCUCCUCCUCAUGGAUUCCCUCCCCGGAAAUUCGCCGCCCCUCCGAUCGUUUCUCCUCCGGUAACGGCUAUCCGUUCAGCUCCCAGAACGUUCCGUCGACGUCGCGGCCCGAGGCCUCCACGGAGCUUGAGAUGUUCUUGGAGCUGUUGCCUCUGAAGAUGAGGAGGGAGCUUUAUCGGCACCAGGAGAUUGGGACGCUUAUAGAGGUUGUGAUGGAUCUGGGUCGCAAGCCUCUCGCCAGGUUUCCUUCCGGAGAUUGGGUUAUCUCUGAACAACCCAUAAAGCUUGAAGAUUUACGCCAUGCCAUUUCCAAGGUAGGUGAGUUUUCUGAUGACAACCGAUCUGGUAUUAAUAGCUCUUUACACCGUAUAAGUGCGAUUCGGAAUCGUAAAAUGCAAAUCAUUGGCCUUACUUGCCGGGUGGGUCGAGCAGUGAGUGGUAGUGCGGAAAUCAUACGUGAUUUGGUUGAGGAUGGGGGUUCUAUAUUGGUCAUAGGACCUCCCGGAGUGGGUAAAACUACGUUAAUCAGAGAGAUUGCUAGGAUGCUGGCAGAUGAGUUAAAGAAGCGUGUUGUAAUAGUGGAUACAUCCAAUGAAAUUGGAGGUGAUGGAGAUGUUCCUCAUGCAGGCAUAGGCAGGGCAAGGAGGAUGCAAGUUCCAAAUGUACAUAUGCAGCAUAAUGUUAUGAUUGAAGCAGUUGAAAAUCAUAUGCCUGAAACCAUUAUAAUUGAUGAAAUUGGAACAGAGCUUGAAGCAUUAGCAGCUAGUACCAUUGCUCAAAGAGGAGUCCAAUUGGUUGGAACAGCACAUGGAAUGACAAUUGAAAACAUAAUAAAAAAUCCUUCUCUUCAGAAUCUUGUUGGUGGCAUAGAGAGUGUAACCCUUGGAGAUGAGGAAGCUAAGAAAAGAAAAGUGCAGAAGACAAUUCUAGAAAGGAAAGGACCUCCUACAUUUACUUGUGCUGUUGAGUUGAUAUCUAAAACUGAAUGUCGCGUUCAUCAUAGAUUAGAUGCAACUGUGGAUGCCAUUUUGGCAGGAAAAUCUCCAUUAUUUGAAGUCCGUCAAUGGGAUGACUCUGCAAAAGAUUUAUUGCAGUAUGCUCCAAUGCCUGAAAAAAGUCUUGGAGAAACCCUUGAUAUAACUAAGAAUAGUAUCAUAAGUUCUGAAAUAGAUUCUGAUAAGGAUGAUAAAGACCUUUCUCCUACAUGGUCCGUGAAAUGGAGCACUAGUGGAUCUGUAAAUAAUACUGUGAGUUCUGACUUUAAGUCUGAUGAGGAUGAAGCAGACAGCCCUACUUCUCGAUCUAAGAAAUGGAGUACUAAUGGAUCUGUGACUACGAGGAGGUCACCAGUUCAAGUGUAUACUUACAAGAUUCUUGAAGCUGAUCUACUGCAAGUAGCAAAGGUGAUGGGACUUGAAGAUUUGGUAGAUGUAACAGAUGAUAUUGGAGCUGCUGAUGCAAUUCUAGCAUCCAGUUCUGAGAUACGACAGAACCCAUGGAUCCGUAGUGUAGCGAAAUUCCACAAGUUACCAAUUUUUGUUAUUAAGUCCAAUACCAUGGCACAAAUGGUCAAAGCAGUACGUAUGAUCCUUGGGCUAGAAUCAUUUGGCCCUGCAAAAAAACCUUACAAUGAUGCUCUUGAUAUUGAAAUCGAGGAUGAUGAACCAAAACGAAAACCAUCUCUGGAAGAGAUUGAUGCCUUGGAGGAGGUUAGACUUGCAAUAGAAUACAUUGUGAUACCCGGUGGGGAACCUGUGGAGCUCCUUCCUAGACGUUCGGAAAUAAUAGCACGGCAGCUCGAACUUGUAGAAAGCUAUCAGUUGGCUGCUGAAAAGUCAGGUACAGAACAAAACCCAAGGUUGCAGAUACUUCCCAUGAGGCUAAAUGCAAAAAAAAUAUCUAAAUCCAGUUCUGCUUCCCGCAAGAAAACAAGUCCUAAUUCAGUGUCUACUGGUGGUGGUGGUGGCAAGGGUACCAGUGUCACUAGGCUUCCCCUUUUGCCCGAAUAGUUCAGAGAAAAAAAAAUAUAUUAAAUUGCUCCAAUUCUAACAUGUUUCACUCCCCUGGUUUGUACAUGUAAAAUGUACAGUGGCCAUGUAAUUAUGUAAAUAAGUUAUUUAUACAGCCAAAGAGCUUGUUGUUGCUCAUAAAUUUGGUGUGUGAUGGUGAUUUCAUAGGCUUGAUCCUACACCAUGUUACCCCUCUUCCCAUUUGUAUUCAUAAAAAAAUUCAACAUUGUAAGUAUUUUUCACCUGCAAUAUAAUUCAUUUGUAAUUGCUUUCA